AUGACUCCUGUUUCUGCUAAGGAAGCUUGCCCUCCUGCGGGUCCCUACUCCCAAGCCAUCAAAGCCAAUGGCCAAAUCUUCGUCUCGGGCCAGAUUCCCGCCGACGCCAACGCCAACCUCAUCGACGGCUCUAUCGGCGACAAGACCCAGGCUUGCUGCGAUAACAUCAAGGCUAUCCUUGACGCCGCUGGUUCGAGUGUGCAGAAGAUUGUUAAGGUUAAUGUCUUCUUGACUGAUAUGGUGAACUUUGCGGAGAUGAACGCUACAUAUGAGAAGUUCUUCACCCACAAGCCGGCUCGUAGCUGUGUGGCUGUUGCGCAGUUGCCCAAGGGUGUGCCGGUUGAGAUUGAGUGCAUCGCUUUGGAGUAA